AUGUUCACUACCCAGCUCCUGGUCCUUCUCGCCUUUGGCAUGAGUAUUGUCUCUGCCCAUUUCCGCGUCGAAUACCCUUACUGGCGAGGGGACUCCUUCAAAUCACAGUACACUCGUCCAUGCGGCGGCGUCAACGUCACCACGAAUCGUACUCAAUGGCCUGUCGAUGGCGGUGCUAUCCUCUUCAAACCUACUCACCACUGGGCUUUGACCUACGUCAACUUGGGCCUAGGAGAUGAUGAUUCUAUUAUCUUCAACUACACGCUUGUCCAGGCCUUCAACCAGACCGGCAACGGCACCUUUUGUUUCCCAAAGAUUCCCAUUCCAGCAGACUUGGGUAUAAGAGAUGGAACAAAUGCAAGUUUGCAAAUUGUGCAGGCGUCAACGAAUGGUGCGGCACUGUACAAUUGCAUGGAUAUCACAUUCUCCAGUUCACCUCGGAACGUCCUUGCCCAGGAUAUGUGUGUCAACUCUACCGGAGUUGGCGGCGUGGCUAUCACCUCAGCUCCCGCUUCUGGAGAGGGGAAACUAUCCAGUGGAGGUGCCAUCUCUAAUGCAGGUGUUUCUGGCAUGGGAGCUACUGCCUUACUUGCCAUGGUUGUUGCUAGCUUGCUCAUUUAG